CAAUAUUUAAUGCAAUAUUAUACAUGUGAUGGUUCGUGUCUAUUAUCAGACUUUGUUAUUCUCAUAUUUUCCAUUAUUCUUACAGCUGCUAGUUUUUGUUGGAGACAAAGAAGUGACCGUCAUGAACGCGUGACUGUGAUUUGUGCAGGCGACAAUACACACAGUUUCACGUAUGUCGGGCUGCAAACCAACAGGCGCAGAACUACGUCAUGCACAACGAUGUUAAUAUUGCACAACAAACACGUCGUCGUGAAGAAGCGAAAAAAUUAAACAAACGUAUUGCUGAAAUAAGAUACAAACGCAGCGUCAUUGGUGCAUCUAGUCUACAAAGAUCCAUCACUUUUUCAUCGUAUCUACAAGCAAACAGUAUCGAUUAUAGAGUUUCUAUGCAAUGAUUGAGGUGCAGAAAAAGCGUUGAAAAUAUCAACCCUAUAAAAGAUUGAAACGCGUUUAUUCUCUGACAUUUGACUACGAAAUGGAUGAUCACCUGCAUAGAAGACAGAGUGUUACUGCGGACCUGCUGCUGCUGAUCGAUUUUUUCAACCAAAAGCCACGUGUCAGACUGCGAAAACGAGAUACCUAUCUGACUGAUGCAAAAAAUAAAAACAUUCGAACGUGCUUUACGCUACUAUCUCUAGCACUUGUGAUAAAAUCAUACGAGAGUAAAAUACUCAGUGCAUUGGGCGUACAAGAGAAUGGACUUCGGUUUUCUGUUGCAAGCAAACAAGGUACCAGGACAACUACGAUCCCGAUCACCGUUUCCGGUUCUCCACGAAUUCAUCUACCGACGGUCUAAAUGACUACACUGGCUACCCUGGUGCACUUCUGAAAUACUUGGACUGACAUUCACCCGAACCUCUCGUGCCA